AUGUCCCUCCGUAAAACCCUAACCGCCGUAAAUCAACCAUCAUUGCCGUCGGAUUCUUCAAUCUCCGCCGUUAAUCUCGACGUUUCCGAUUCCUCUGCUUCUAGAAUCAACUUCCGUCCCCGUAAAAUCCGGAAAGUUUCGACAGAUCCUCUCAAUCCGCCGCUGCAAAUCACCGCGUCUCCUCUAUCUUCCAAAUCGACUAUAGAUAUCGCUCUCCGCCACCUGCAGAGCUCCGAUGAAGUUCUCGGAACCGUAAUCUCCGCGCACAACAACCCUCCGGUGUUCGAUUCAAGCUGCCCUCCGUUCCUCUCCCUCGCGAGAUCAAUCCUCUACCAGCAGCUCGCCACGAAAGCAGCGAAAUGCAUCUACGACCGAUUCCUCUCCCUAUUCGACGGCGGAGAAUCGGGUGUCCUCCCAGAAUCCGUUAUCUCAAUCUCCGCCGUUGAUCUCCGUAAGAUCGGCGUCUCCGGUAGAAAAGCCAGCUACCUCCACGAUCUCGCCGGUAAAUACUUAAGCGGCGUCCUCUCCGACGAGAUGAUUCUAGAAAUGAGCGACGAAGAGCUGAUCGAUCGAUUGACUCUGGUGAAAGGAAUUGGAGUGUGGACUGUUCACAUGUUCAUGAUCUUCUCUUUGCAUAGGCCUGAUGUGUUGCCUGUGGGUGAUCUUGGUGUGAGGAAAGGCGUCAAGGAUCUAUAUGGUUUGAAGAAUCUUCCAGGUCCAUUGCAGAUGGAGCAGCUGUGUGAGAAAUGGCGUCCUUAUAGGUCCGUUGGUUCGUGGUACAUGUGGAGGCUAAUCGAGGCAGCUAAAACCAAAUUGUCCAAAUAG